AUGACGUCGUCUGCGCUUGCGACGGACGCAUUUUCGACUGAGAAGAAGGUGGGGAGUUUUCAUCACGAGCGUGUUGACUUUGCCGCUUUAUACCAGCGUUCUUCGCGUGAUUCGGAGAUUUAUGCAACAAUGAAGACAUUAGGGGAGGAGCUCAAGGAGAUAACAGCUCAGCACAAGAAGCAGCAACAAGCUCAGAGCUCUACAGCGGAUGCUACAGUCUUCAGCACAGCCAGGUUUGCCCCAGAUCAACUGCAGCAGCUGCUAACGACAAAGGAGGCAGGAGGAGCUGAGAGUGCUGCAGGAAAGGAGCAGACAAUGCAGUCACACCCUCCCAGAGCCGCAGAGGCCAAGGGGAAGCCCAUGAGACGCUUUAUGGUGUCGUCAGCCACGCCAUUUAUCACGAUGGCGGCGACCAGCACGAGACUUAAUGGUCCUGCAAUCAACGAGGAUAGCGAGAACGAUGCUCAGUACCACAAAGUACAGCAGCUUCCGUGGGAGGACCACAUUAUUUGGGGUAUUGAUUUUAAUGCUGCUGCAAACGGAGAUAUGGCUGUAGAAGGCGACGACGGAGGAGGAGUGGAGAUUGAAGACUCAGUAGGAGAAGUCAAAAUUGUGCACGAAAGUCAGGACAAAGGUGUAAGCAAAUCGAGAAGCUGGAGAAACAUAGCGAAGACGAAGAGUGAAAGAUCUAGUAUGCAGACAUACAAACAGCUCUGUGCGGCGAGAGCGAGUCAGGGAAAUGAGGUGACAACAUUAGCAGCUUUUAGUACUGAUAAAUUUGAUAUGUCAAAACCGCGAAACUAUCGGUGGGAAUUGGAAGACAAUGUGAAGAAGAAAAAGAGGGAAGCUAGUGGUGCAAGUAAGGAAGAUGGCAAGAUGGAGUCGCUUCCGUGUCCACUGAAUAAGGAGCUGCAGGAUGACUCGUGGGUUGCAUUGAUUGGUUGGAAGUCUACACAGGACAUGCCGGAGAGUAAGCUUGUGCUGGACGAUAAUGAUGCGUCACUCAUUUACUCUGUGUCAGAAAUGGAAGAUGUGCGUCCAACAUUGCGAAUACCCGAACGAAAGCUGGGAGCUGCUGAACAAAGGCUAGCACAGCUGGAUAAGCAGCGCAUUGAGAAAAAACAGCGUAUUGAUGAGGUUAUGGGCAAUCUCGAGUUUGGUGAUGAGACGGCUGAAGGUCGAUUGGGCACUGAGGGUAGUGGCAAAAAGCCGAAGGAUACACGUGUGGUCAAAAAUAUUGGAUACGUACACCACUCGUUGCCAGCCAUGAAGCUGUCUCUCACUAAGCCUGAACUUCCUAAGACGAAGUUGCGUGAUUUCCAUAGACCGCGCGGAAAGUUUAAAAUAAACGAGCGGCUAGACUUCUUGCCACCGCCUCCAGGUGCCGCCAAGUUAGCACCACAGGAGGAGAGCGCCAUGGUUACACAAAUUAAGAAGAGUUCCGACUUGAAUCCGACUGCUGGUGGUAAGUUGAUUCUCAUCGAGUACACAGAGCAGCGCCCGCCUAUGUUGUCAAAUCCUGGCAUGGCGUCGCGCAUCCUUCACUAUUGGCGACCACCAGGGGAUACUUCCGCAAGUUUGGGAAUCUUGGGCAAGAAAAAGGCUCGCAAAACACGUCCAAAACCACCAGACAUGAAGAUGGGCCAGGUUAUUACGCUUGGCGAUCACGACGAGUCCCCGUUUGUGGGAGAUAUCCCACCGGGGCGAGUGGUAACGUCACUGAAUUCGAAGCUAUACAAAGUUCCCAUAUUCCCUCAUAAACCCACUGUUCCAUUUGCUACAAAUGCGGAAGCACGCGAGCGCAAUAAUUCGGAUUUAUUCCUUAUGUGUCGAUCUGUGACAAAGGGUAAGAAAAAUGGUGCAACUGAUAAAUCGGGUGGAUUUGGAGUUCCAAAGACGACUGUAUAUAUCAUGGAGUUGCCGGAGGUCUUUGUGGCAGGGCAAAUUGAACCUCAAAUUGAAGUCCCAGCACCGAACUCUCGCAGUGCAAAUGAGUUUAUCCGCCCUUAUAUGUCGUUCCACAUUCUCCGUUUGUUCAAGAAAGCGAGCGAUGGUGAGCGGUUAAAGAUUGAGGAUAUUGCACGUGCGUUUCCAAAUCAAUCGGGCACUGCUAUCCGUAAGCGGAUGAAGGAGGUAGCCACAUUUGAGCGUGGUGGCAAUGACUCAGGCUGGUGGAAGAAGAAACCAGUUUCGCUAUUGCAAAGUGAAGAGGAAAUUCGUGCAAGCAUUCCGCCCGAAAGUGUCUGUCUUUACGAGAGUAUGAUGUCUGGUCAUCGACGGCUGCUCGAUAUUGGGUUGACAAAGCUAUUUACGCCUUCUGGUGUGAAUGGGGCAAUCAACCAUUUGAUUCGACGUCUGGAACUGCGCAAAAAUACAUUGUCAGCACGUCUUGUGUCAGCUAAUUUAGAAAGGCGUGCCAAAGAAAAGGCUCAAGCUGAAUUAUGGAAGAAAGAUCCUGUUGUACGCAAGCUCGAGACUGAUAUCCAAGUUGCUCGUUACAUCAAUGAGCAGUUACAGCUCACACCGUGGAACUUGACGAAUAAUUAUGUAGAGUGCCACCUUCAGGGUAAAGGUUCAGGCAUGCUGCAGCUUGGUGGAAUUGGUGACCCUACCGGUCGUGGUGAAGGUUUUAGCUUUGUCCGUGUGCCGCAGUCCCGCGCAAAGAAAAAAGAUGGUGAGGAAGAUGCAGUACCUACAGCUGAGAGCAAGAUUAGCGCAGAGACUGCAGCUGUACAAAAGGCUGUGGCAGCUGUAACAGGUACGACUGCUGAUUUGCGUAAACUAAAAAUGAAGGAGGCUGGUGACGUGCUGCGCAAUUUGGGCCUGGCUGAUGCCGAUAUCAAUAAACUACGACGUUGGGAUCGAAUUCAUAUGGUGCGUGAGCUAAGCAGUCGCGCUACAGCCCAUGGUGUGGCGGGUAGUUUGAGCAAAUUUGCACGUGGUGCGCGCAAGUCGCUUUCUGCGCAACAGCAAGAAUACCGCAAAAAGUGUGAUGUGAUUUAUGAACGUCAAAUGGAUGUGCUUAGCUCGACUAAGACAUCGUUUUCGUCGGAUGAAGAGUCAGAUGGUGAUGAUGAGCUUGACGAAUUGGGUGCUGAUGUAGAGGCAGACAUAUUAGGAGGCACGGACACAAAACGUGGGCCGAAGAAUUUGUUUCGUAGUGGCGGUGGAGGUCUGAACCGCUCGAAGGAGGUGCUUGCAGAGCGGGAGGAUGCUGUGGAGCUACGCCGCCUUAUGGAGGAAAUGAAUGAAGACCAAGGCUCCAGCACCAGUGCAAAGCCUACGAGCGCUGUACGCCGGCCUGAUGUUGACACCAACAUACUGCGUAACCAAUUGCGCGCAAGCGGGAUUAGAGAGGGUGGAACUGGAGCUAGUGGCAUUUCGUCGGUGUCAGGUAUGGGACAACGCUCAAACAUGAUGUCUCGCGGCGGAUCAGCAGUGUCGUCUGCGCUGGCAACUCCUACUGGCCAGUUGUCGCGAGUAUCUUCACCUACGCAUGGAAACCGUACGCCUGCUGUAUCAGAGCCACCGAGUGCCUCCAAGAAGAUAUCCGGGCGGAAGGUGCUAAAGCGAGUUGUUCGCACCAUCGAGGAGGACGGAAGUGAGAUUGUUCGUAUUCAGUUCAUUGUGGAUGAUAAGCAGGUGGCCCGCUUCCGUGCGAUGCAGCAGCGCAAAGAGCGUCAGCUAAAGACCGAUGAACGUAAUCAGCUGCGAAAACGUAAGCGCAUGCUAGCUUUGGAAGAUGAUGCUACUAGCCAGAGUUUGCUAGACAAGGCUAAGCGGCGCAAACAGUUGCAAGAAGAAUUGAAGCAGUUGCAAAAGACCGAAGCGCACAAUAAAGGUUACCAGGAGAUGUUGAAGAAGGGUGAAGCAGAUGACGGUGAUGACAACGCCGAUGUUGAAGAUGCAAAUGGCAAGGGUGUCAUACGCUGUACGCAGUGUCUGCAAGUUGGUCACAUGCGCACUAAUCGCAGCUGCCCAUUAUAUCUGGCUGACAAAGCUCAUACAAAAAAGUCGGGUUCUUUGUCGGAAAGGCAAGUGAAUGCUGUGCUGGCUGAGCCUCUUAAGCUUAAAGUGAAGAAGACGCCGUCAGUAGUCAGUAGUGGCGAUACUAGCACUAAAAUCACUGUUAACUUGGCGGAGCUACGCGAGGGAGCGCGCAAGCACCACGCAGAAAAGAAGCGCAAGCGAGAAAUGGAGGUGCGCGAGCAAGCAGAGCUAUAUAAGCGGCCAUACGCGACAGGCGCUUUGAAACAAAGUCGCUCGCGUAUGCCCGUGGAGCACCUGAAUAAUACUUUGGAGCUGGUUUUGCAGCGACUCUUUGAAAUGCCAGAAAGCGAGCUUUUUCGUGUGCCGGUGGAUGCAGCCACUGUUUUCAACUAUUACGAGAUUGUGAAGCAACCAAUGGAUUUAAGCGCUGUUCGCCACAAGAUUGAAGCCAAGGAAUACGACUCCAUGCGGGAGUUUGUGAAGGAUCUAGAGCUUAUCGUGAACAAUUCGCGCAUUUUCAACGGCGACUCGAUGAAUUCGGCUAUCACCGCUAAUGCUCAAAAGGUCCUUCGUCGUGCCCAGGACGAGAUGGCAGCACUCAGUGUAGAAGGUAGCAUGACUCCUACUACACCAACUGCCGCUACUGUAUCCAUGCUAAAGUGA